AUGGGUAUUCUAUAUUAUGACCGGCUGUUCAUCAAAGACUUUGAUAUCAUCCACACCAAUGACGCCUUCCAACCCCUCGGGACCGUCGAAGAAAUUAACAUGAAUUACGCCGAUAUCAACCGCGGUUUUGGGGGUUCAUUUGUCUGGCUUCGCCCAAACUACACAAACAGCCCCUCCCACGCAGCAACCUACUUCCGGCUGAUAACCGACCACAACUCCAGUGAAGAGUAUACAGAUCUCGCGCACGGGGCUGGGCACAUGUAUCGCUAUUUUAUUCCCAUCCCUAACGCCCAUGUCAAGCAGAAGAUUAUUCAGGUUGCAUUAUUGCGGAAACAAGGCUCGGCGGUUGGGAUUGAUGAUGUAAAGGGCCGUGGAUUUGAUGACUUUUCGCCGGAUAUUAAUCGAGGAAGGGGUGGAGAUUAUUUACAUUUGGUUUGGAGGUAUGUUGAGGUUUAA